GUAGUCACCCUGAGAAGGCCUGGAACGCCUACCCCUACUGUCGUACCGUCGUCACCAAUGAGUACAUGAAAGACAACUUCCAGUUGAAAAUCGAGACCUGGCACAAGCCGGACAUGGGGCAGACGGAAAACGUGCAUGGGCUGGAUCCCGAGACUUGGAACUCGGUGGAAGUCGUCCCCAUCGACAUAGCGGACAACUCCGUCGUCAGCCAGGCGGACUACAAGAAGGAGGAGGACCCCAGCCUGGUGAGCUCCACCAAGACCGGGAGGGGACCCCUGGGGCCCAAGUGGAAGUCGGAGCUGCUGAGUGGUACGAGUUGCCCCCACAUGUGUGCCUACAAGCUGGUGACCAUCAAGUUCAAGUGGUGGGGGGUGCAAGACAAAGUGGAGAGUUUCAUACAGAAGCAGGAACGCCGAAUCUUCACCAACUUCCACCGCCAGCUCUUCUGCUGGCUCGACCGCUGGGUGGAGCUCACCAUGGAGGACAUCCGGCGCAUGGAGGACGACACGCAGAAAGAGCUCGAUGAGAUCCGACAGCGUGGGACCGUCCGUGGGACUACCGCUGCUGAUGAGUGAGGGGGGUGGGGGGCUGCCAGGGCCCCCCCCUCACCCCCCCACCCCUCACCCCCACCCCUCACCCCCCCU